CACUUUUGAGCGGCAGUAGCUCGAUAAACAAACAGAGGAGCUUUAAGUGGGUGGUGAGGGAAACCAGGGACGCAGAGUGUCAUAACGAUAGAUUCACCCGUUAAAUGUGGAAGGUAUCGACUGGAGAACCAUCAAAGGUAGUGCUUUAAGCCCUGGGAUGGUUCAAGACAAUGCUCAGAUUCGGCGGCGGGGUGCCCAGGACUUCAUGGCAUACUAUGAGUAUGUCUGUGCCAGGCAGGACUCAGUGCCCCUCCCCGCUGUCAAGAUGAACCUGCCCAAGGGCAUGCUGAACUUCAGUGGAGACAGGGUCAAACUCACAGACUGGCCACCUAUUCUCAACUCCAUCUCCAUCAACAAACACCUGCACCAUAUUGCAAUAAGUAGCUCAUACCAAGCAAGUCUAGGUACUGGAGACACAGAUAGUCGGUACUAUAAGUCUAGCUUCAGGAAGAAGAUCCCAGCUGUCCGGUCUAAGGACAUGACAUUUAGGUUAUGUAAGGCCUUGAGAGACUGUUUGACUGUCUCUUCCAACCUCAAGACUCUGCAGCUUAAUGGGCUUCCACUUAGAGAGAGGGACCUCAUCGCCUUGACAAAGGGUCUGGCAAAAAGUGUUCCCUUAGAAACCCUAUCCCUUGCUCACUGCCCAAUAACUGAUGAUGGUUUAGAAGUCAUUUGCCAAAGCGUGAAGUAUUCUGCAAGCAUUAAGACUGUAGAUUUUACAGGAUGUAAUCUCACCUGGAGAGGGGCAGAGCAUUUGGCCAAUAUCAUCAAGCAUCAGGGAAUGCAGAGGCAUGGUGCAGCAUGGGCAGAGUCUCUAAGGUAUCGACAUCCGCAGUUUGAGGGCAUGGGAGGUCUUCGCCGUGUCACCCUCAACUGUAACACUUUAAUAGGAGACCGGGGGGCUGCAGCGCUUGCACACGAAUUGGCUGAGGACCUUUGGGUUAAAGCUGUAGACCUCCAGAAGUGUGGUCUGUCCAACAAGGGAGCUCGCUGUCUGCUGGAAGCCUUGAAAACUAACUCUACCAUUUGUGUGCUGGAUAUCCGCAAUAACCCGUUAGUUGACAAGGUCCUGAUGAAAACCACAAUAGAGAAAGUGCUGAUGAAUGCUGAUGGUCAGUUGUCAGAGUACUAUUGGAUCAAGCCAACAGCUUUCAAAGAGCUGCAGAAACCUCCCGGUGUAAAGAGACGAGCUCUGCCUAGUACAGUCAGAGGGAAAGCCACAUAUAGGAUAGCCCCUCGAAGAGGAACAUCAGCUGGUGAACGGAGUCCAGAAGUUGCUCAACAAAAGAAACCUCAUUCCCGCCAUGUGCCUUGGCGCACUGCUGCUCGUGCUGAGCGCCAGAGAGGUCUGCCUCCUGGAGUCACUGUGGAAGAGCACAGUUUUCAGGGUGCAGCUACUGUGAAAGUUACAGUGGAAUCAGAUUCAGAGGAAGAGGAGGAUGAGGAAGAAGAAGAGGUGGUGGUAGAAGUGGAGAAGAGACCUUCGUCUGUCCGUCUGCAAGACAGGAUCACUGAACGACAAUUUCAGCGUAUGCAGAUGGAGCUAGAAGAGUGUCGUCUGAGGCUGGCAGAAGAGCGCAGAGGCAGACAGAAAGCUGAGUCAAGGUUAAAGGAGUAUGAGUUGGAGAAUGCCCGUCUUCGCAGCAUCAACUUCUCCCUGUCAGAGGCGCUUGCAGCCCCUGCAUCUUCAUCAGCAGCAGCUGCUGUCAGUGCUCUUGAGGACGAGGCAGUUCUCGAGAGCAUUGAGAACUCGUUCACCAAGUUCCAUGCCUUCCUGGAUCUCCUCAAGGAUGCUGGCCUAGGUCAGCUGGCAUCCAUUGCUGGAAUUGACCAGUCAGAUUUCCGCCCCCUGGAAAAACCUCAGUUCUCCUCUACAUUAGGAAAGCCAUCAAAUGGUGCAGGAUCAUUGACUGGAAGUGGAGUCCAGAAUCGGGAUAUUUGGGCCAAGACUAAUGCUGCAGCUUUGGUGGAUCGUGUCCUGCCUGCUCCCUCAGGGGGCCCAGCUGACUCAGUUGCUCCCAGACCUCCAGCCCCUGCCAGAGAGUUCUUGUUUGAUUAUCAGCCACUGGAAAUACCUCUGAAGCAAGCAAGUGAACCUGCUAUAGACCAAUGUGUGGAUAUGGAAUCUGGAGGAGAGGAACCAGAUCAGUACGCCAAGCCUGAAACCCAGCAAGAUUCUGGUUCUGAGCACAGUUUCCGUAGUCAAAAAUCCAAUCACAUAGUGUCUCUUGGCCACAAAAGUUCUCACGGAAAUGUGUCAAAACCAAGCCACCACCAGAACAGUGACAACUCCCACCGUAGCCAUGGCAGUGCCCACCAUAGUGAUGGUUCCACUGGAUACAGCUUCAGUUACAGCUUUGUCUGUAGUGAUGCUUCCCGUAGCGACAGGGCCCAUAGUGACUUGUCUGUGAGGUCAAGUCCAAGUGACAUGAGUGAGAAGUCAGCGUCUGUGGGAUCAUCAGGAUCAAAACACAGGGGAGGUGGGGGCAGUGGGCGGUAGGAAAUUCAGGGUCAGAGGGAUCUGAGAGGGCAGGAGACUCUGGAGCAGGUCAGAUCUCUGGGCAGUCUUGGACAGUAGUCAGACAACAGAUCCUUUAGACAGCCAGCCAGGGAAAUAUUAAAAAAUCUGCUGUCUCCUGGUACCCAUUCUUUUUGCCUUUUUUGUCACUGUCUUUAAGAAAAUUUGUGAAAUUUUCUGUUUGUAAGUAGUGAACAAACAAGACUGGAUUAAUGGUUGCGUUAAAGGUAGUUAAAUUAUUCCAACCAUUGUGCAUAUACAGUAAAACACAACAGAGCUUAGAAAAUAAAUGCUAAUGCAAGUUCCACACUUGAUAUUAAUGUUUUUAUGGUAGCUUUAAACCUAUUUUUAAUUUGAUGAAUGCAUUAAAUGCAUAAGUCGGUUUAUAUUACUUGAUUGUUACUAGUUGGUUUUGUGCUUUUUAAAUCUUUCAUAAUGUGGAAUUCAAACAUUUUGAUUCCUAUUUUGUCAUGUGCAUAUUGAUCUGAAGUGUAUAUUUUACAAUAAACAUGUUCACAUUC